GAUGGAUGGGAUAGGAUACUUGACAGUUGAUCCAGCUUCUUGCUUGAUCUUCGUUUGGCUUUGUUCAACGUAUCGUUAGUUGUUCCUGAUUUGUUCUUUCUGAACUGGCUAGAGUGUUCUUUCGUGAACGGUUUCAUGUUUCACUGAUCAUUUGGUAAAAUGGCAAGGCCGAAACUCAAGCGACCUCGACGCCGGAAGCGAUUUGCAUCAUCGUCCGUUGGAAAGGACGAGCAUGGAUUCCCUAACUAUGCCAGGAUGCUGGGCGACGUGUCUGUUGAAUCUGAUAGUGUCCCACCGAGUUCAGAGGAUGAAGCCCCUCCUGACGUGCCACCUGCACGACAGGCAGAGGAGGCGGACGAGAUCAUGGAAAGCGUAGCCUUCUCUCCAGCACCUACUACACCCAGUUUGAACAGUAGCAGCAGCAGCAGGCGAGAUGCUACAGUAACGCUGUCAGCUAGGAGCGAAGGCAGCCAUGCGUCCGCCACGCUUGGUACACCUGCCGAUGCUACUCUGUCCUAUCUAGGGUCGGACAACGACGAUGCAACGCCCGUCAACGACGCCGGUGGCCAACUGGCGGAGAUCGCUGAUGCAUCCAACGCUGACCUCUUGCCCCCAAUGGCUGAUGUACAUCCACGCAGGCUGUCGUUCAGUACGUUGAAAGCAGCGGGGCCACCCAUCACCCCUCCACAAGGCGUUCAUACUUAUGGUACAGCCAGCAGCGCAGACAGCAGUAGCUGUGAUGAGUUCCGCUUGUCCAAGCGGCGGACAUCCACACCGGCAAUAGCUAGAUCUUCGUCAACCACAGCAGCGCAAGCAACUGUGCCAACGCCAUCGUCAUCAAAGACUCCAGACGACUCCAUUGUUGCGGAUUCUGAAGCGGAGGAGCUUAUCGAUGUGACUGGUCUCGGCAGCACUAACAAAUUGCUUAUGCCUUCAUCUGCUAAUCGAUCUAGGCGGUCUGCUGCCUGGCCAACCUCACUGCCUCCGUCCAGAGGAAAGGCAUCAUCUGCGACAAGCGUCAGGUCCAUUCUCCAGCAAUCGUUUAGUGCAUUGAAUGCGAGUGAGGCUGAGAUGGAUACCGCCAGCACGGCUGCUGCCACUGAUCGACUAAGCCCUGGCCGGGCGGCUGGCGGAGGACGACAUGACAUUGCCGAUGAUGCGGCUCACGGCGAUCACGCUGCUCAGGAUGAUGCAGAGGACAGUGAGCAAGGCGGCGGAAGACACAGUCGUGAUGAUGCCAGCAGCGCGUCAGCUACUCCUCCCCCAUCGCCGCCAGUACGCAAGAGUGGCCGCCAUAGGACAGAUCAAAGUCGCACGCCUGCUUCAGGCCGUGAGGAUUCGUAUGCCAAAAAGGUGCUAGCUUCUGCGAAAAAGCCUCUAGCUACGUCACAACGUCGAUCAAUGGCCACACAAUGUGAUCCAUUACCCAGGGAGCCGGCUUCAGAGCAACGAUCAACAUCAAGAAGCAAAGCAACUUUAGAGGUCCCGACACCACAGAGGCGUUCUGCUGCAAGCGACAAGCCGGCAGCAAAGAAGAAAGCGGCGAUGGUGGAGUCGGAUGAUUCGAGUGAAACUAUGCCAGUUCUUCAGCGGUCAGCUCAAUCUGACAGAAGUAGACCAGUAAUUCGAAGUGACACGUCCACACAUCAGUCUGAGGAUAGCAACAGUGGUGGGGAGUAUGAAGCUGGCGGCAAUUCGCCUCCUCCGUCUCCAGAGCCCAUCCGUAGACACAAGCAUUCAGGACACAAUCAAAGUCGCAAUGCACUUACUCGCCCAGCUUCAAAGAAACAGCAAACGCCAAAACCUCAAGCCUCGGCCAAAAAGCAGCCAACUCCCAAACAGCAAACCACCACCAAAAAGCAGCCAACUCCCAAACAGCAAACCACCACCAAAAAGCAGCCAACUCCCAAACAGCAAUCCACUGCGAAAAAGCAGACUGGUCGAAAGAAGGGCACAUUCGUUGAAAGCUCUGCCGAAGCAGAUGAGUAUAUUGCGGAUGGCGGAGGGGCGGAGGAUUACUCAGACGAUGAUCAUCCAGGCAUGGACUACGUUGACGACGACAACAACAGCGAAGACGACGAUGAUGUCACCCCUACCCCAGCCAGAGAACAGUCUCGUAAACGCAAGCAUUCAGCACACGAUCAAAGUCACAACGCACUCACCCCAUCCAAGAAGAAGCCAGCGCCGACACCGAAAAAACAGUCGGCAUCCAAAAAGCAGCCAACGAAAAGCAGAACUGCAGCUCGCGAAGACUCUGAUGCCGAGGACGACGCCGCUCAGAGAACAUCACACAGGAGUGCUGGUGGUGCUCCUGCACUUCGGCGAGAUCAAUCACUCACCUACACUGCAAUGAAACGCUCGCGGAUGGUGGGCGAAUCUCCUCAAGUCCCUCGUAUCAUCGAUGUGCGGUCAGAAAGGCGAGGCUUAGGAAAACUGAAGAAAGGCGAGAGUGCCAAAGCAAAGCAAGGAGGAAAGACAAGCAGCAAGAAGAGCGGAAAGACGUGGCACUCUGACAAUGAUGGUGCUGACCAUGUUCCAGUAGGCGCAUCUGUGUUGCCUGUGGAUAAGAAUCUAGAUGCGUACACUCUCUCAAGUCAACCGGCUGCUGAAGGUGUUCGCCGCAGUGGGCGUACGCGUGUGCGGCCGUUGAAGUACUGGGCAAACGAGGUACUGGCGUACGAAGGGGACAAUAACGGUGGCGAAUCUAUCGUGGGUGUGACACAGCCCCUUAUGCCGCCGCCAAACCCCACCAUGACACCUGCUGUCAUCAAGCAAAUGUCUCGUACAGCCAAGCCAAAAACGAAACGCGGUGAUUUUGACUUCAGCACCACCCAGCUUGCUCCUGGUGAUGAUGAUCCUGUCGCCGUGGUCGUCAAUGAGAAAGGGGAUUUUGGAGAUAUGUGCAUCAUUGCUUCUACGACAAGCGUACGCUCGUCGCUGGACAGUUCGCAGGAGAAGAACGGCGUGCGACUGGCAAAGUGUCUGAGUCUUGAUAACAUAGAGGCCGGUGUCAUUGAAAUCAAGCCGCAUGGUAGAAAGACAACAGGCUUCGUCAGUGGGUCUGCGCUGGUUUUCCAUGUCCUCUCUGGACAGGUGGGGUUUACCGUUUCCGGGACAGAGUCGCAUCUCUACCGAGGCUCAAUCGUUAUUGUUCCGCCUUAUAACUCCUAUUCAUUCAAGAACAUGUCGGAGAAGGUGACAUUCAUGACCCUGACUCAGGUAGUUUCUACGAGCUAGUCCUGGCAUGUGCAACGUUAUCACGUGUUCAGCGUUGUUCAACAUAUGUGCAGCAACACAGCUAACCCGCCUGUGUACAGCUACAGGUGGACUACACAGCUACUCCACAUGCUAUCUAACCAUCACCUUGCUCCACCUGCAAUCUAACCAUCACCUUGCUCCACAUGCUAUCUAACCAUCACCUUGCUCCGCCUGCAAUCUAACCAUAACCGUGUGACUUGCACAGCUGGUUUCCUUAGCUUACUUUUGAACUUACUUUCGAAAAAAUUGGCACUCUGGCACAAAUGAUCGGGGCUUGCCAGUGCUCCAGACUGUAUAGAUGAACUGUAUGUAGACCACCUUGUUGCCCCUGUAUCGUUAACUCUUUCCUCCAUCGCACCUGUAUAGCUUCUACUCGCAGCACAUGUCAUCAACUACCAGAAUAUCCCACCAUAUAGUGUCAGCUGUUAUCUUUUAUUCAUAGAGGCAUUUGAACGUCACCAGUUAUCUGUGCGCCUAGGUACAUGUAGUAGCUAGCUAGGAUUUAGGCAUGUCUGUUAUUUUCUCGCUGGCGCAAUAAUAAUUAUGCAUAUCUUUUUUUUGCUCUUAGCUUUUUAAUGGUCUGUUCAUGUUCAUGUAUGUGGGAGGCCGGGGCAUCCUUUUAUAGUUUCCUGCAGUCUGGCUGCGUUCAGGACGUGGCGAUAUAUAUACUGACUUUUUAGCAUACCGGCCUUGACCUUUUCAUCCACGUUCUUCGGCAUGCGUCGCUUCUGGAAUUAGACCAUAAUAAUCUGUGCUUUCCACAGCUGGUAUGAAAACACAGCAAUACUUGCACCUGUA